AUGAACAACGACGCUGUCGAGACGGUGCCAAAGUUCAAACGCGUGCUUCAAAAGCUGAAGACAGCGUUACGGCCAGAUGGAAACAUUCACGAGAAGCGCAUACGGAGACGACUGAAGCUUGUGAACCUUAUAACACGUCGUUUAAAGACACUUAAAAUAGUCUUAUUUAUUGCAGGGUACCUAUGGAUGGUCCUCAUACCUUUUCCUCACUUAGGCCGAGGUACAUACAUUGACGAAAAUGCGCUUCAGCCGGGACAAGUAAACACACAGUGGAAUUGGGGAGAUGUACACGUCGCAGAUCGGUAUCUCGAACAAUUGGAACAUAUUCGCGAUGCGAAUUACACGAGUGUGCAACGAGCAAACUGGUUGCGCGAGGAGUUUGGCAAACUUGGGUUGUCAUCGUCGACACAGAAAUAUACCUUCGCUACAAGUACAUCCAACUCUACAGGAACGAAUGCAUACGCAAUUAUCGCAUCUCCCCGUCAUUCUGGUGUGGAAGCAAUGGUUAUCAGUGCUUCAUGGUUAAGCAGGAUCGAUGAGGGACAGGGUAUGAUCAAUAUACGAGGUGUUUCCACAGUUUUGGCUCUGGCAGGUUUCUUAAAACGUUAUUCGUACUGGGGAAAGGAUAUAGUGCUGGUAAUAAGCGACGACUAUCUGGAAGGGAUGCAGGCAUGGCUUGGGGAAUAUCAUGGUGUAUCGCAAUCUGGCCUCAAUGCAGAACCCUUGAAACUGACCUCAGGAGUAAUUUGGACUGCUCUAAAUAUUGACUAUCCCGGGCAUUCUUUUUCCCAUUUGGGAAUUUUCUUUGAGGGCCUUAAUGGGCGUCUACCUAAUCAAGACCUUGUCAAUUCAGUAGAAAGAAUUGCUAGAUGGACUGCUCGGGUACCAGUCAUUCUAUACGACCAUUUGGACCCCAGGGAAGAUGCAUCAGCAAAUGCCGCAUUUUCUUGGAUGCCCAAAGCGCUUUAUGACAUUGGCGAUGUUAAGACAUACUUGUACCAAGCCAGAAAUGUUAUACGUAAUGUUGGAUACCAAUAUAAUGGCCGCGGCAGCGGUGUACACGGUCUUUUCCAUCAGUUCAGAAUUGAUGCAAUCACCAUUUUCGCAGUUCCUGCCACAGGCCCACACGGAUUCCAUGCCAUAGGAAGCAUUGUCGAAUCAACACUGCGCACGAUGAACAACAUGCUUGAGCGGCUACAUGCUUCGUUCUUUUUCUAUAUCCUCACAAGCCCUCAAAGAUUCCUCAAAAUUGGCCUUUUCCUACCGAGUGCCAUUCUCAUUAGCGUGGCGAUGAUGUUCCAUGGGUUGAGCACAUGGGUUGACGCUGCCUGGGUGCAAGAGGGUAUUUCAGACGAAGGCACUGAAAAAUCUUCCACUUCCACCCCAAUAAAGUGGAGACAACGCUCCAGGCCCGUCAUCCAGGUGGUGUGCAUCAUGGCAGCAACACACAUUCUAGGAUUCGGUUUAUUCAAAUUGGUAUCAAGCGCCCCCUUUAUCAACAAUUACAAGGCUUUGCUGGAUUUCCUCUAA